CAAAUAAAUACGAUGAUGGAGGAAGGAAGCAAGGGAAAGGAAAACUGACUCGUUCACAGAGCCUCUCGCUCUCACCCACUUGGAAUUGAAUUCUGUGUUUGUUUUCUUGUUUUCUAAUUCAAAAACAAAACAAACGCACCCUCUUCCUCCUCCUCCUCCUCCUCUGAAAUCUCUGACCGACCCGAUAGUUUAGUCACAAUAUCUGCAUGUGUACGUUUUUGUUUGUUUCCAGCCCAUUGAUGUAGAGCAAAAAGAGGCAACAAAAUCCUCGAACUUUAAUUAAUAUAAAGCACAGAGAAAAUUAGAGACAGAGACUUUUUUUUUUUUGAAAGGUUAGAGACAGAGACUUAGUGAAGCAUCCUAUGCCCAUUUUUUCCCAUAUCCCAAUUUUCUCUGUUUUUUUAUAAACUCGGUUUUGUGGGUCUUCCUCUCUUAUAUAUAUAUAUAUAGCUCCUGCUCCCCCCACUUCUAGCCCACCACCUUUCUGCCAAAAUGAAACAUUGAGAGAGAAAGCUUGAGAGAUCUGUGGAACAUUGAAAAAGAGUUCAUCUUUGUUCUGAUUUUGGGUGUAGUUUGGAGUCUUAAGAUCAUGGCUAUUGAAGCGCAGUUGUAUUCAGAGAAUCUUGGGUUUCCGAUGUUUGGCUCACAAUCGCAGAAUUUGAUGGUGGACAACAAUGGUUGUGGUGGUUCUGGCGGUGGGUUUAAUCAGUUCUGUUUCAAUGUCCAGCAGAAACCGCCGCAGCUACUACAAUACCAGCCACCACCGAUGAAUCCUGGUGUGCUUGUCCCAGCUUUGCACAACAACAACAUCAUGGCUUAUACUCGACAGAGUAUUGCAGCUCAGGAAGUCAAGCAAAGGCAAGAGAUUGAUGACUAUCUCAGAUUACAGCAGAAUGAGAGAUUGAGAUUGGUGCUACAAGAACAGAGAAAGCAGCAACUCGCAUUGUUGAUGAAGAAAAUCGAGUCCAGAACAGAGCUACUAUUGAAGCAAAAGGAUGAAGAAAUAGCACAAGCGUUGAAGAAGAGAAUGGAGCUCGAAGAUUUCUUGAGGAAAUUGGAGGCUGAAAACCAAGCGUGGCAAAGAGUGGCUCAGGAGAACGAAGCCAUGGUUAUGUCCUUGAACAACACUCUUGAACAGUUCAGGGAGAGAGCCGCUUGUGGUGCCAUGGAAGAUGCAGAGUCUUGCUGUGAUAGUAAACAAGAGGAGGAAGAAGAAGACACAGGGGAUUACAGGGGAGGUUUUAAUAAUGGCGUGAAUGAAGAGAUAAAGAUGAUGGUUUGCAAAGGCUGCAAUUCUAAAAGGUCGUGUGUCUUGUUCCUCCCCUGCAGGCAUCUUUGUUCAUGCAAAGCCUGUGAGGCUGGCUUUGAUGCUUGUCCUGUUUGCACAACGCCAAAGAGGGCUAGCAUAGAGGCAUUGAUUUUCUAGGCUGAUUUUCCGGGAAAAAGUGGGAGAAAGAAACAAAGAAAAGGAAAAGAAGAAAAGGGUUUGAAGGAUUAGGAAUGGUGAUGAUGGUGGUGCCAUUAAUGGGCGAAACAGAACACUGAACAGAGCCUAUUUCAAUGCAAUGCCAGUGGUGCAAAUGGUUUUUUUCUCUUUCUUAAUUUGCCUUUUUUUUUUUUUCCCUCCUUUUUAGGGUCUCUGAGUUUAGGUUUAGUUUGUAAGUUUUGAACAAUCAAAGACCAAUUGGACAGGAAAUACAGAACAGAGGGCAUCUUUUCCUUUCAUGGAGGUGUCUUGCAUG